CUAAAUUUCCUUUAUUUUCAUUUCAAUCCUUUCCUAUUCCUUCCUCACACAGCUGUAGUGCAUGCUCGUUGCUACUCUCAUGGGACGCAAGAGUCAGAUGAAGAAUUUGAUGCUCGCUGGGUGACAUACUUCAACAAGCCGGAUAUUGAUGCCUGGGAGCUAAGGAAAGGUAUGAACACGCUGGUUGGCUAUGAUCUGGUGCCAGAACCAAAAAUCAUUGAUGCUGCUUUGAGAGCAUGCAGGAGGUUAAAUGACUUUGCUACUGCAGUCCGCAUCUUAGAAGUUGUAAAGGACAAGGCAGGCCCUCACAAGGAAAUCUACCCUUAUGUUAUCCAGGAACUUAGACCAACUUUAAAUGAAUUGGGAAUCUCCACUCCAGAGGAACUGGGCUUGGACAAAGCAUAAAUAUAAUUGAUGGGCUGCACAUGCAUUUUCUUAAUGCUCUGAUUGUACAGUCACCUGGAGACACAGAUGUUAAACUAUUACAUUUGAACUACUGUCUUUCUUUAUUGAGUCCCAAUGUAUGUAAUGUAAAGUUGGACCUAAUAAAGGAGAUACAGGUUUGAACUGAG